AGGCGAUGCUGACUCCGCUGGCUGAUCCCACUACACGGUGCCACUGUGGAUGGGCUGCGGUCUGGGCUUUAUUUGGAUUAUCAGACAGAUGGAAGCUGAGGAUCCGGGGCUCAGAUGAGAUAAGCGUCCUCUCUGUCUCCGCCGAGCUGCUGCAGCGCCGUGCACGCAGGGAAGACGUGGGCACUUUCGACUAGAAAACACCGGAAUUUACAGGGAUUGAUUUUUGGCUCGUGGGGCUCGUGCGUUUGAGGUCGCCCCUUGUGCUUUUGCUUGGAUAAUGGUCCGCGCGCUGCUGUCCAGAGGUGAUGUGAGCUGAACUCGCGGGGGCUGAAGCCGCAGAGGAGCUGUCCGUCCGUCGUGGUGCUGAUGCGGCUGUGACCAGAAGUGAAGUUAUGGCUGCCGGGAAGUUACUGCUCUACGCCGGGCUCUCUCUGUCUCUGUGCGCCCUGGGCAUGCUGGCUGUGGCGAUGUGCUCCGACCACUGGUACGAGACCGACGCCAGGAGGUACAGGGAGCGCUGCCGAAGCUUUUCCAGCCGCCGCAAAGACCCGGGUUUCAUCUAUAUCCCCAAUAACAGCCUGCCUCUGCGGGCCAGCCGGAGCAGCGGCGGCGGUGGAGGCGGCGGAGGUGGCGGCGGCGGUAGUAGUAGUCUGCCCCGCUGGGAGGAGAAGCUGCUCCUGGCCCGGAACCGGCGGCAGCUGUUCGCGAUGAGCGCCGCGGACGAGUGCAGCAGGCAGUAUAACUCAACCAAUAUGGGACUGUGGAGGAAAUGCCAUCGGCUGGGCUUCGACCAGGAAAUCGAAGACCUCAUCCGAAAAGGUUCCAUUGCAAGGUGCUCCUACAUCAAAUAUCACUACUCCUCGGCUAUGAUACCCAAAACCCUGUCCAACAACAUCACCAAGACAAUAAGGCAGGACGAGUGGCACUCCCUCCACUUGCGGCGGAUGACGGCAGGUUUCAUGGGCAUGGCGGUCGCCAUAAUCCUGUUCGGCUGGAUCAUCGGCUUGCUUGGUUGCUGCUGGGACCGAGGCCUCAUGCAGUACGUGGCCGGCCUCCUCUUCCUUAUGGGAGGAACCUUCUGCAUCAUCUCACUCUGUACCUGUGUCGCCGGCAUCAACUUCGAGCUCUCCCGUUACCCUCGGUACCUGUACGGCCUGCCUGAUGACAUCGGCCACGGCUACGGUUGGUCCAUGUUCUGCGCCUGGGGGGGCCUCGGCCUCACCCUCAUCGCCGGCUUCUUCUGCACCCUGGCCCCCUCCGUCCAGCCGAUACCCCGAUCCACCUGCCCCAAGUCCCGACAGGAGAACGGCACCGUCUGCUAAAGGUGGAGGCUGUGACAAGUGAAACCACUGAUAACAACAAACAGAAAAACUGUUCCAUGUGUUCAUCCGUCCAAUCCAGUCUCUCCUGGUUACAGAUUUCUUUUUAUUUGUGUGUGUGUGUGUGUAUAAAAAUGGGUGUCUUGAUGAUCUGCUAUCUAAAAAAUACAACAGAAAAAAAACUGAAGAACUAAAGAAAUACUAUCAAAAUUAUGAAGUUGUGCUUGUUUCGUUGUUGUGGAGCAGACACUUAAUGGACCAUGGCCCAGAAAGGUGUAUAAAGAAAUAACAAGGAGACUUGGAAAGACUAUAUUUUGAUUAGUGACUCUAGAAGUGAUGGACAGCGGUAAAUCAACCAGGGAACUGCUUCUGUAAGUGGGCUACUGGAACUGGACAAAUCAGUGACUCAUUGGAGGGAAAUGGUCUGAUUGUUUAAGAUCAAGUCAAGAUCUUGUUGACGUUCCAUGAACUCAUGAGUCUGGAAACUACUGCGGGAUCUGCUCAAUGAACCGCAACAUGAGACCAUGUGACUUGGAUCAGGGCCGGGCUUGGAUCGUGUAUUGUGGCCUCUGUUCACUUUCCAGCUUCAGAGGUCCAGUUAUUUGGGAUGUUUGGGAGGUGAACAGGUCAAGGACCUCCACUGUUGUACAUUACUGUACAGAAUAUUCCAGAGAAGUGACAACCAGGAACUGUCAUGUCCGAUCAUUUUCACUCACGUGUAGCUCCAUUCCGUCAGUCUGAUAAUCCCAUAUCAUCUAGGAUUUUCUACAUUCCUCUUUGAUUCAAGUGUGUUUUCCUUUUUACAGAGCCCUUCAUUUUGUGUACGGACUAUCAACUGAGCAUAAGUACAUUCAGAGCAAAUGUGUUUGAUUUUUAUUCCAUUCUAGUCAUAGAGAUAAAUGUGUGUGUGAGUGUGUAUGUGUGGGGAAGGGUUGUUUUGCAGUCUCUAUAGAAAAAAAAAGUUGUAAAACUGAUCAUGAAGACAAAGUGGAGCUCUGCCUCGGGGACGUACAGAGGCAGGAGCUUUGAUGAACAGAAAGUCGUAAUGGAGAGAUGCAGUAUCCUGUUGAACCCGACCACUCCUGCCUUGUCAUCUUUUCUUGGGAUCCCCAGCAGACAUGGCAGAUAAAGAGGAGCCGUUUUCCACUCUGUACUCUGCUGCCCCGAGCCACUGUGGAAGGCUUAAGUAAUCGCAUGUGAUGAGAAAACACUCAAGCUUCUUUUUCGGUGAAGCUUCGCUGGUUCUCUGAGCACACAGCUUUUCCUCCAGCUCUUCUUUGUCUUUAACUCACCUGGUGGGGGUUUCUGCAGGGCCUCAUCUAUCUGAAGGCAGGUAAAGCAUUCAGUGCAACAGCACAAGGUACGAAAAGGCGUCACCUGACUUAAAAACUAGACUGAAGAAGAGCUGUUUCAAAGAGUUUCUCAAGGCCUUAGCCACCAGUUCAUAAUCAAAAGACACACUAGCAUGAGCUUGAAUACUUCUGUGCACAUUAGGGCUGACAACAGAUUGUUACAACCAUCACCACGUCCAAAUUCAGCCAGCUAGUCCUGUGUUUUAUCUCAAAAUCUGCAGCUAUAGAGGAAUCCAGAGCUCAACUGUGAACUGCAACAACAUAGAUCAAAAAAUUGUACCAUACAAUGGUAGUAAGACCGUUGAAACCAUGUAGUACACUGCUGUCACUCCUAAAACACCACCCAGUGUCAACUUUUAGAGGAUAACCCCAGCUUUUUAUGAUCAUUUUUUGUAGUUUUAUCCAUUGCAGUAAAAAAAAAAAAAAAAAA